AUGGAGGACGGUAUAAACAAACCGUAUAAAAUAUGUGAUGUGAAUCGUGAAAAAAAGAAAGGAAUUGUCGCUUCGACUUUGGAGGACUUGUUGUCUAAAGUACCAGAAAAACUUGGUCUGCCGGCAGAAAAUUUAACUGUUGUGCUAGAAUGUGACGGUACUGAAGUAGAUGACGAGGAAUACUUCUCAACGUUAGAUCCUGAUACUUCUCUGAUGAUUUUACACGGAUCGGAGAAAUGGGCACCAAAUAUGCCAAAAUGUCAAGUAUCUUUAGAUCAGACGGAUGAUAUUACACUUGGAGAUAAAACCCAAGUUGCCAAUCUGGUUGGAAGGCUACAACAUAAUUUAUGUCACAUUUCUCUACUAGGCGGUCAGGAUUUGGAACUUUUGUCUGAUAUGGAUCCCGACAGUUUAGCUGAUAUUGUUACUGACAGGGACAACAGAAUAAUUCUAGAACACAUUAAAGAAGCCUCUGGAAGAAUCCUUUUGGAAAAAAGACAAGCACAAGAUGCCAUGGAAUUAUUAAAGUUAUAUCAUCAGAGUGUUGCAAAUGGCACUGAGGAUGUCUCACCUCCAAGCCAGGAACGUGUUUAA